ACUUGUCAGGCUCCACCCUAAACUGGAUGAUCAUUUGAACCAGGUAUUGUUCUGGGAUCAGAGCUUGAGCAACAUCAUACCUGUCUGCAUGAAUCAAGAUGGAUUCUGCAUUAGAGAUUACAGUUCUAUUACUGACAAUAUGCUCCCUUCAUGUUGCUGCCUAUCCCAAUGGGAAAGUUGAGGUAGCCUGCAGUACAAUGGAGCCAAACCAUGGAACUUCAGCCCAAACAUCUCCCUCUCCUUAUAGUCUGAAUGUAUCUAAUACUACCUAUGGGGAUGGAGAGAACAUAACAGUCACACUCAGUAACACCUCGGUGGUGCCUCCCUUUGAAGGCUUCUUGAUACAGGCUCGUGCAGUGGGUGGUAAUACUCCCCUGGGAACCUUCAAAGUCAGUGAUAAUGUUACCCAGACUCUGAAAUGUGGCACUGCAAAUAGUGCUGUGAGCCACACCUCCAAUAAUGAGAAAACACUCAUCCAGGUCACAUGGACAGGACCAAACAUUCGUUCAUCUGCCUACGAGAUCAGAGCCACAGUUGUACAGAAUACAACUAUUUAUUGGGUGAAUGUUAGAAGUUCUAAAAUUACAUAUACUGGUUCUGGAGGAUUCAGGCUUUUGGCUCCUGCACUCAACCAGCUACUCCUCAGUACCUCCGCACUGAUAUUGGCGCUGCUCGCUGUCUGAUGACUCAAAAUCUUACAGAAACUGGACACAAUGCCAAGAUGAUUUUCACAUUUUAUGAAUAGGUUGUGUGUCCUUAGAGAGAAACUUUUGUCAGGAAUAUGGCAAUGAUGCCCAGUGAAAAGGCAGAUGCAUUGCAGAAAUUGAGCUAGAAUAUAUACCUCUCACACCCUCUAGAGGGCAGUCUUUGUAAAUGGCUUAAUUAAGACUUAGGGCAAAGACAAUUGCGAAGAUUCAGGGAGAUUUAGUCUCCCGGCGACUAAUUGAAAUCGCUGGCGGGGUGGCUUCAUUUUCCGAAGUUGCAUGAAGUUGCCUCAUGAGGAAACUUUGGGUGACUUUGGAAAACGAAGCGCUCCGAG